AUGCUUAGCAGUCUUCGACGGAAAGCGACUCAAACAGUCUUGAGAGCAACAAGCACUCAAAACGUCAACAACUCGCCUGUUUGGGCCUGGAACGAGUGGGACCCGCUCGAGGAGGUUAUUGUUGGUCGAGCAGAAAAUGCCAUUUGCCCUCCCCUAACUCACGAGGUGAAAGCGAACACAUACGAAUACUGGUGGGACUACUACAAUGACAAUGCUGGAAAACCUUUUGGUGGCGUCGAGCACAUCAAAAAAGCGAUCGCGGAAAUGGACGAAGUGUGCAAGAUCCUUGAGCUUGAAGGUGUCACCGUCCGACGACCCGAGAUCAUUGACUGGUCCAAAGACGUGAAGACGCCUCACUUCGAAGCACAAGGACUCUACGCCGCCAUGCCAAGGGACAUUUUAAUGACAAUUGGCGACGAUAUUAUCGAGGCUCCGAUGGCCUGGAGGUCACGAUUCUUUGAAUACCAAGCGUACCGUCCAAUGAUCAAAGACUACUUCCGACGAGGUGCAAACUGGACCACUGUGCCAAAACCACACAUGUCUGAUGAGCUUUACGACCAAAAUUAUCCAAUUAAAAACGUCGAGGAUCGGCACAGAUUAGCCGAGCAAGGAAAAUUCGUGACGACUGAGUACGAGCCGUGCUUCGAUGCAGCUGACUUUAUCAGAGCUGGAAAGGAUGUUUUUGCCCAAAGAAGUCAAGUUACGAAUUACAUGGGAUUGGAGUGGAUGAGGCGUCACUUGGCGAAGAAGGGAAUCAAGCUUCAUCUCGUGAGCUUCAAGGACCCCAACCCAAUGCAUAUCGAUGCAACAUUCAACAUCAUCGGCGAAGGCUUGGUUCUUUCUAACCCCGAUCGACCAUGCAAACAAGUGGAUCUCUUCAAAAAAGCCGGCUGGGACAUUGUCAAGCCACCACUUCCGACCAUUCCAGACUCGCAUCCACUUUACAUGAGUUCGAAAUGGCUUUCAAUGAAUGUUUUGAUGAUCCGACCGGAUGCAGUACUCGUCGAAAGAGAUGAAAUUCCAAUUCAGAAAAUGUUCGAAAGUCUUGGAAUCAAAUGCAUAAAGGCAUCGAUCCGCUACGCCAAUUCCCUUGGUGGAGGAUUCCAUUGUUGGACAACUGAUGUUCGCCGAAAAGGUGAACUGAAAUCGUAUUUCGAUGUUGAGUACGACUACCCAGAAGACUUCCUCUUCAACCAACCAGAAUGA